CUCUUAUCUUUUUUCAUAUAGGUGUUGUGGGAUAUGAUUGAAGGAUUUACAGAAGAAAUUAAGCUAGCAGGAGGUAUUGGAUGUUUUGAGAAGAGAAUGUCAUUAUUCUCCUCCUCUUUUAUAGGUCGUCCAUUCUUCAACGCAACCUCCGGAAGACACUUCUACUUUCACCAGGAAACUCUUGCCAGCAACAGGUUUCAUAAAGUAAUGUGUGGUUCUGAAACUGGCUCAUCCUCGACUUCUUUCAGUGAUUUAGAUGUUCAGAAAAUUGAAUAUGUCACACUAUCGGAGCUGAAUGCCUAUGUCGGUAAUCCUAACCCACAGGAAACUGAAUUCCUCUGCAAAGCCAAAGUCAGUUACAUCUCCGUUUCUAAGUGCUAUCGAAAGCUACAGCAUGGCUUCACAUCUUAUACAUGUGCCUGGUGUAAUGACGAGAAGGCUGUUAGGGACUUAGGGUAGUAAGGUGAUGUAUUCUCACAUCAAUAGCACUGAUCGUUUAUGAAUCAUAUGCUCCUCUCCUGAAAUUUACGCCUAACUAACACAUGUUAACCUAACACUUGCAACAAGUUUUUCAGCUUUAAAUAUAGGCAUCACCAAGGUGUUCCAGUGAACAACAACCGAUGCGAGUCUGGUCCAAAUGUUGAAUACGCGGUCACUGCACCACCGCUACCAGCUCCAACUGUGGCAAACGCAAGCUCCAUGGAGGAUCGUGCUCGAACCGAGGAGAACGAAAUGCAAAGUAGACGCGCAAGGAGUGAUCACUCAAUUUUUUGGAGAUGAUGAACCUGCUACACAUUAUGAAGUCCCACCAGCAGUUUUAACGUUUUCAAAUUUGUUGCAAUAAUUAUGUCAUCCAUUUAUCUGAAAGCACAAAUUAUUUGGAUUUAAUCUCUUCACAACAAAUUAAUG